UUUCCAUUGGGACAUCAACCACCACAUCCAGUUUUUUUCAACUUUCUGCAAUUAACAAGCCCAGAUAGCUACACACACUACUUGUGCCAAGUUUUUCUUGAUUUCACAAAUGUCUGACUCACUUCCAAAAAAACCACCUUUCUUUCUAAAGAUGGAUUUGUUGCUUAAGACGGAUUUCUGUGAGCCUUCCGGCCAGUCCUGAGAGUCCCGUGGGGCGGAGACACGGACAUGGAGGGGUACCUGGGUACAGCACAGCCCACCAUCCCCAACGGCACCCUCACGGACCUGGGCGCGGAGCGCCUGCUGGACGAUGUGGCCCUGGCAAACCAUUCACGCGCCCUGCAGGAGCACCAGCAGUACGUCAUCGGCCUCUUCCUCUCCUGCCUCUACACCAUCUUCCUCUUCCCCAUUGGCUUUGUGGGCAACAUCCUGAUCCUGGUGGUGAACAUCAGCUUCCGCGAGAAGAUGACCAUCCCUGACCUGUACUUCAUCAACCUGGCAGCCGCUGACCUCAUCCUGGUGGCCGACUCACUUAUUGAGGUGUUCAAUCUGGACGAGCAGUACUAUGACAUCACUGUGCUCUGCACCUUCAUGUCGCUGUUUCUGCAGAUUAACAUGUACAGCAGCAUCUUCUUCCUCACCUGGAUGAGCUUCGACCGCUAUGUCGCCCUGGCGCGGGCCAUGCGCGCCAGCCUCUUCCGAACCAAGCAGCAUGCGCGGCUGAGCUGCGGCCUCAUCUGGCUGGCCUCGGCCUCAGCCACGCUGGUUCCCUUCACAGCCGUGCACCUGCAGCACACAGAGGAGGCCUGUUUCUGCUUCGCCGACAUGCGGGAGGUCCAGUGGCUGGAGGUCACCCUAGGCUUCCUCGUGCCCUUGGCCAUCAUCGGCCUCUGCUACUCGCUCAUCGCACGGGUGCUUGUGGGCGCGCACCGACACCGUAGCCUACGGCCCCGGAGGCAGAAGGCACUACGCAUGAUCUUUGCGGUGGUCCUCGUCUUCUUCAUCUGCUGGCUGCCGGAGAAUGUCUUCAUCUGCGUGCACCUGCUGCAGCACUCGCAGGCGGAGGCAUCCUCCUGCAAGCAGUCUUUCCGCCAUGCCUACCCCCUGACCGGCCACAUUGUCAACCUCGCGGCCUUCUCUAACAGCUGCCUGAACCCCCUCAUUUACAGCUUUCUCGGGGAGACCUUCAGGGACAAGCUGAGGCUGUACAUCGAGCAGAAGACAAACAUGUCAGCCCUGAACCGCUUCUGCCAUGCUGCCCUGAAGUCGGUGAUGCCGGACAGCACGGAGCCGUCAGACGCGAAGUUCAGCAGUGCAGUGUGA